GUAACUACACGCGCGUGGUAAUUUCGGUGCCAUAUCUUUCCGGAAUCUCAAGGGAUACAGACUGGGAUCGCAAAUUUUCGGAUUAUUCUCUGGCCGACUGAGACUUCGCUGUAAUGUAAAAAUUAAAAAAUCAACACUGAGAUAAACCAGAUUUUCAUAAAAUGUGGAAAAUCACCAGUCUUCUAAUUGUAUCAUUAGCUCUUUCUCACGACGCUCUUGGUGAUCAACUUCAAGACGUCAGCGAUGAGAAAUAUGAACACAAUGAGAAUUUUCAACAGUCGGAUAUGAUGUAUCAUCAACAAAGAUGGAAUCCACAAUAUCCCACCCAGAAGUUUAAAUGUGUAAAAUCUGGCGUCUACCCCGAUCCUUACGAUUGUAGAUUAUAUUAUGAGUGCGUGAGACAAAGAAAUCAAGGUCGUCAAAUGAAGACAUACGUUCACAGGUGUGAUCGAGGCAAAGUGUUCUCAUAUCUAUACGGUACCUGCACGAAACCUCAAAAAAGCGGUAGAGUGGAAUGCGGCGGCUCUUCAUGGCAAAACUCAGGAAAAGAUUCUAAAAAUUCGCAUAAAAAGCAUAAAGAACAAGAUAAAAAAAAACACAACAAAGAUGAGUCACACAAAAAAGACAAAGACCGUAAAGACCACUCAAAAGAAGAUAGGAGUAACGAGAAACAUCAUAAUAAAAAAGAAAAAGACUCUAAAAAUUCGCAUGAAAAGCAUAAAGAAAAGGAUAAAGAAAAACACAACAAAGAUGAGUCACACAAAAAAGACAAAGACCGUAAAGACCACUCAAAAGAAGAUAGGAGUAACGAGAAACAUCAUAAUAAAAAAGAAAAAGACUCUAAAAAUUCGCAUGAAAAGGAUAUAGAACAGGAUAAAGAAAAACACAACAAAGAUGAGUCACACAAAAAAGACAAAGACCGUAAAGACCACUCAAAAGAAGAUAGGAGUAACGAGAAACAUCAUAAUAAAAAAGAAAAAGACUCUAAAAAUUCGCAUGAAAAGCAUAAAGAAAAGGAUAAAGAAAAACACAACAAAGAUGAGUCACACAAAAAAGACAAAGACCGUAAAGACCACUCAAAAGAAGAUAGGAGUAACGAGAAACAUCAUAAUAAAAAAGAAAAAGACUCUAAAAAUUCGCAUGAAAAGCAUAAAGAAAAGGAUAAAGAAAAACACAACAAAGAUGAGUCACACAAAAAAGACAAAGACCGUAAAGACCACUCAAAAGAAGAUAGGAGUAACGAGAAACAUCAUAAUAAAAAAGAAAAAGACUCUAAAAAUUCGCAUGAAAAGGAUAUAGAACAGGAUAAAGAAAAACACAACAAAGAUGAGUCACAUAAAAAAGACAAAGAUCGUAAAGACCACUCAAAAGAAGAUAGGAGUAACGAAAAACAUCAUACUAAAAAACCGAAACCGACAACAAAGCAAGACAAUAGCGAAAACACGGAAGGUACAACACAGGCAAUUACUACAGAUAAAGAAAUCGUGCAGACAACACCCACAAUACCAGAUGAGACACGAAGCACUAUAGACAAACCGGAAAACGAAGCAAGUGGUGAAUCUGGAGAUGUUACACCGCAAGCUUCUAGCGAAGCAAAUCAAAGUCAUGAGAAUGAUCAAUCUGAACAUACUACGCAACAAGUGAAAACUACGAAAUCCUCAGAAAACGACCAAAAUACUGAAAUAAUAAUAGAAUGCACUGCACCUGGUUUCUUUCCAAAUCCAAAUGAUUGCACAAAAUAUUACAGAUGCAUUCAAACGGGACCUAAUAGUCAUAUAAAAUAUGACUUUGUAUGUUCGCCAGGUACUAUAUGGGAUCAAAAGGCAUUAACGUGUAACUACCCAAAUAACAACUUAUCCUGCAAAAAUAAAGGAAUAGAUGUCCCAGAAGAAAAUACUACAACUAAUAAUCAAGAAGAAGAACCAACCGUUACGUCCGACCCGAUUCAAGGAACUGACGAUAAAGCAAAUGGCGAGAACGAAUUAACAACAACACAACAAUCUACAAAAGAAAGUUCUCAAAGUAGAGAAAGCGAUGAAACUGAUACUACAACACCACGUAAUACUAACGAAGGAAGUCAGAGUCAUGAAAAAGAUGAUUCUCAAGAAACAACGCAGGACAACGAAAUAACCACACCGAAUACUUCAAAAGAAGAAAAUAAAAACAAUGGGAGUGAAGACACUGAAAAGACAACGCCGCAAGUACCACCCAAAGCAAGUUCUGAAAACAAGGAAAGCUCUGAGAAUGAAAAUAGACCUGGCAACUCCAGGGAGGAACGCCAGAGUCGCGAGAGUAACGAAUCUCAAGAAACGGUGCCACAACAACCUUCUGGAGAGAACACUGACAGCAAAGAAAACCCUAAUACUGAAGUAACUACACCACAUGAUUCGAAGGACGAAAACGCCAGUAAAGGAAGUGGAGAAUCAGGAAACACGACGCCGCAAGUACCACCCAAAGCAAGCUCUGAAAACAAGGAAAGCUCUGAGAAUGGAAAUAGACCUGGCAAUUCCAGGGAAGAACGCCAGAGUCGCGAGAGUAACGAAUCUGAAGAAACGGUCCCACAACAACAUUCUGGAGAGAACACUGACAGCAAAGAAAAUCCUGACAUUGAAGUAACUACACCACAUGAUUCGAAGGACGAAAACGCCAGUAAAGGAAGUGGAGAAUCAGGAAACACGACGCCACAAGUACCACCCAAAGCAAGCUCUGAAAACAAGGAAAGCUCUGAGAAUGGAAAUAGACCUGGCAAUUCCAGGGAAGAACGCCAGAGUCGCGAGAGUAACGAAUCUGAAGAAACGGUGCCACAACAACCUUCUGGAGAGAACACUGACAGCGAAGAAAAUUCUGACAUUGAAGUAACUACACCACAUGAUUCGAAGGACGAAAACGCCAGUAAAGGAAGUGGAGAAUCAGGAAACACGACGCCACAAGUACCACCCAAAGCAAGCUCUGAAAACAAGGAAAGCUCUGAGAAUGGAAAUAGACCUGGCAAUUCCAGGGAAGAACGCCAGAGUCGCGAGAGUAACGAAUCUGAAGAAACGGUGCCACAACAACCUUCUGGAGAGAACACUGACAGCAAAGAAAAUCCUGACAUUGAAGUAACUACACCACAUGAUUCGAAGGACGAAAACGCCAGUAAAGGAAGUGGAGAAUCAGGAAACACGACGCCACAAGUACCACCCAAAGCAAGCUCUGAAAACAAGGAAAGCUCUGAGAAUGGAAAUAGACCUGGCAAUUCCAGGGAAGAACGCCAGAGUCGCGAGAGUAACGAAUCUGAAGAAACGGUGCCACAACAACCUUCUGGAGAGAACACUGACAGCAAAGAAAAUCCUGACAUUGAAGUAACUACACCACAUGAUUCGAAGGACGAAAACGCCAGUAAAGGAAGUGGAGAAUCAGGAAACACGACGCCACAAGUACCACCCAAAGCAAGCUCUGAAAACAAGGAAAGCUCUGAGAAUGGAAAUAGACCUGGCAAUUCCAGGGAAGAACGCCAGAGUCGCGAGAGUAACGAAUCUGAAGAAACGGUGCCACAACAACCUUCUGGAGAGAACACUGACAGCAAAGAAAAUCCUGACAUUGAAGUAACUACACCACAUGAUUCGAAGGACGAAAACGCCAGUAAAGGAAGUGGAGAAUCAGGAAACACGACGCCACAAGUACCACCCAAAGCAAGCUCUGAAAACAAGGAAAGCUCUGAGAAUGGAAAUAGACCUGGCAAUUCCAGGGAAGAACGCCAGAGUCGCGAGAGUAACGAAUCUGAAGAAACGGUGCCACAACAACCUUCUGGAGAGAACACUGACAGCAAAGAAAAUCCUGACAUUGAAGUAACUACACCACAUGAUUCGAAGGACGAAAACGCCAGUAAAGGAAGUGGAGAAUCAGGAAACACGACGCCACAAGUACCACCCAAAGCAAGCUCUGAAAACAAGGAAAGCUCUGAGAAUGGAAAUAGACCUGGCAAUUCCAGGGAAGAACGCCAGAGUCGCGAGAGUAACGAAUCUGAAGAAACGGUGCCACAACAACCUUCUGGAGAGAACACUGACAGCAAAGAAAAUCCUGACAUUGAAGUAACUACACCACAUGAUUCGAAGGACGAAAACGCCAGUAAAGGAAGUGGAGAAUCAGGAAACACGACGCCACAAGUACCACCCAAAGCAAGCUCUGAAAACAAGGAAAGCUCUGAGAAUGGAAAUAGACCUGGCAAUUCCAGGGAAGAACGCCAGAGUCGCGAGAGUAACGAAUCUGAAGAAACGGUGCCACAACAACCUUCUGGAGAGAACACUGACAGCAAAGAAAAUCCUGACAUUGAAGUAACUACACCACAUGAUUCGAAGGACGAAAACGCCAGUAAAGGAAGUGGAGAAUCAGGAAACACGACGCCACAAGUACCACCCAAAGCAAGCUCUGAAAACAAGGAAAGCUCUGAGAAUGGAAAUAGACCUGGCAAUUCCAGGGAAGAACGCCAGAGUCGCGAGAGUAACGAAUCUGAAGAAACGGUGCCACAACAACCUUCUGGAGAGAACACUGACAGCAAAGAAAAUCCUGACAUUGAAGUAACUACACCACAUGAUUCGAAGGACGAAAACGCCAGUAAAGGAAGUGGAGAAUCAGGAAACACGACGCCACAAGUACCACCCAAAGCAAGCUCUGAAAACAAGGAAAGCUCUGAGAAUGGAAAUAGACCUGGCAAUUCCAGGGAAGAACGCCAGAGUCGCGAGAGUAACGAAUCUGAAGAAACGGUGCCACAACAACCUUCUGGAGAGAACACUGACAGCAAAGAAAACCCUGACAUUGAAGUAACUACGCCACAUGAUUCGAAGGACGAAAACGCCAGUAAAGAAAGUGGAGAAUCAGGAAACACGACGUCGCAAGUACCACCCAGAGCAAGUUCUGAAAACAAGGAAAGCUCGGAGGUUGGAAGUACAACACCACGUAACUCCGAAGAGGAAAGUCAGAAUCGCGAGAGUGGCGAAACUCAAGAAACCACACCGCCAGAAUCAUCCAGGGAGAGCAUUGACAGCAAAGAAAAUUCUGACGUCGAAAUAACUACUCCACAUAAUUCGAAGGAUGGAAAUCAUGGUAAUGGAGAUUGUGAAUCUAAAAAAACUACGCCUCAAGUAUCAUCAAGUGAAAGUUCUGGAAGCAAGGAAUCUUUUGAAAGCAGUAUCACUCGUAGUUCGUCCAGCGAAGAGAGCGAAAGUGAGAGUAGCGACGAUAGUAGCUCAAGUAGUGAUGAGAGUAAUUCAAGUAGUGAUGAGAGUAGCUCAAGUAGUGAUGAGAGUAGUAACUCGAAAGUAACGACAUCAACGGUAUCUCCUGAGGAAUCAACUUCACCAAAUCUUCCAACAUCCACUGAGUUUCCAAGAGGAACAACUAUUCCUACUGAAGUCACUUGUCCUGUUGGGGAGUUGACUGGGGAUCAAGUACUUCUUGUUUGUCCUACUGGUUUUCGACGUCAUCCAAAAUACUGCAAUCUCUUCUAUCAAUGUACACCGACGAAUGAUUUGGGCGCUAAAGUUACUGUGUUUAGCUGUCCAAGAGGCAGAGUUUUUGAUAAUAAAAAUUUACAGUGCGUCAUAGAAGCUGACAUUCAUAGAAUUCUUACUGGGCAUGGCACGUGCAAAUAUUUUGAUCCCUUAACUACUGAUAUACCAAUAUCACUCCUGGAAGUCUCCGAAACAAAAUUAUGUCCAGGAGAAGGUCAUUAUCCAUAUCAUAAGGGUUGUUCGAAUUUAUAUUAUAAAUGUAGACGUGAUGUCCGCAACGUACUCCAAGGAUACCUUGUGCAAUGUCCAGAUGAUCAUAUAUAUUCGAACAUUUCAAGAUGUUGCGUACAUGCUAAAUAUUUUCCAAUGUGUCAACCUUGUGAAAGCAAGGUGUAAUAAUGGGAAACAACAGUGUCGUCCAAAUAACAAAGAAUACUUAUCAUCCAAAAGGCUAUACAUUAGCCAUCAAGAAUCGUUUUAUAUUGGCCCACCGCCGUAUUAAACAUAUUUCUAGAAAAACAAAUGUAAGAUGAACAUCUAAUUGUAUGUUUGUUUCUUUAUACAAUAUUUUAGAAAGUUUUAGUAUAAAAAGGAUUUUAAGAAUUAAUAGUAUAUAAUGUUUUGAUUCAAUAAAAAGAGCUAUAUAUAUAUA